CCGAACUGAAUGUAUUCAUCAGUCAUCCCAACAGAAUGAGUCUCAUAAUAUCUCUGAAAACUUGUUUUCACCUUAAAAAAAGAGUUCUUUCUGCUCCCAGAGAGAAACAAAGUCCAGAGUGAUGUGAGUGUAAACGUAUCCAGGAAAGCAGCAGCAGCAUGAACACACACCGGCAGCGCUGAUGUGUCGGUGUCCUCUGGAUCUGGGCCAUGAUCUGCGGCUGCCACAUUUCUCUGGACUCUGUGACUUUGCAGGAGUCGCAGCGCCGGAGUUUCACGCCCUGCUUUCACUGUCUGCUGGUGUUCAGGCUUCGCCGCCACGCCGUCACACUCCCGAGUCUUUAAAGCUGAGAGCCGCUGCCUGGGUCAGAGCACAGGAGGAAUCCUGCAGUCUGGUCCGCCUGGAAAGAGCCCCGGAUCAGAAACAGACUUUGUGAAGCUGGAGAAUCAGAGUUUGGCGCCUGGUGGCCGGUUAAAGGCAAACCCAUCUGACUGACCCUCAGUCCAAGCCAGGCCAUCGGGAGGAAACCUGUGCUGUCUGAGCAACAUUUGCAGGAUCAAGAGUUUUUCAAGCAGGAUGUCAGCCUGUUUCAGUCAGUAUGAAGCAGCUGUGACAUGAGCUCCAGCAUCCUUCCUCCCGCCUGACUCCUCCAGUGAAAUCAGCUUUAACGGAGACUUCCCCGGUCGCCCGUCUUGAUGCUGGCGUUGCUGUGGACGGUGCAGACGAUGGACGCCUGUCCGGAUUCCUGUAAAUGCUCCAGGAAGUCCGGGCCGGAAAAGUCUGAAGUCAACUGUCAUAAGAAGGGUCUCCGUGUCUUUCCCUCCCAGCUGCCCAGUGACGCCUGGAUCAUUCAGCUGGGGGAGAACGGCAUCACCGACCUGAAGCCUCACACUCUGAGAUCAGUCCCAAAGAUCGAGAGUCUCAACCUGGAGCGAAACGCCAUCAAGUCCAUCCAUCCUGGAGCGCUGGCCGGAGCCGAGCAGCUGAUGCUCCUCAAUCUUUUCGGGAACCACAUCUCCAGCCUUCCGCCCCGAGGCUUCCAGGAGCUUCUGAACCUGCGCUUCCUCAUGCUGGGCCAGAACCAGAUCGGCACUUUGAGACCGGAGAUGUUCAGCGGCAUGAGGAACCUGUCGGACCUGGACCUCCCUCUCAACGCGCUCACCCUGCUCCCCUCCGACGCCUUCAAGCCGCUGAUCGCCCUCAAAGUGCUGGACCUGUCGUUGAAUCGCAUCCAGAAGAUCUCCCCGAAGGCCUUCGCCGGCCUCAGACAGCUCCUCUUCCUCAACCUGGACAACAACAGCCUGAAGACUCUUCCCGCCGGCGUCUUCAGGCCGCUGCGCUCUUUGGAGAUGUUGGUUCUGGACAACAACUUCCUGUCCACGCUGACGGCGUCGGCUCUGGAGGGUCUGAUCAACCUGCAGGAGCUCUACGUGAGGAACAACCAGCUGGAGCUGCUUCCUGCUGACGUCUUCUCCAACAUGCCCAGACUGUCUCAGCUGGCGCUCAGCGGGAACCGCCUCAAGACCCUGGACGGGACCGUGUUGGUGAAGAUGCCCGGGCUGAAGAAGCUCGACCUCCACGACAACCCCUGGCACUGCGACUGCCAGCUGGCCUCCCUGGUGCAGUGGAUGGGGCGGACCGCAGCCACGCUGUCUCCGCGGGACGCCGUCAAGUGCGUCAGUCCCCCGCAGCUCCGGCGCAGGAGCCUGGGCGGCCUGCAGGAGGACGCGCUGGUCUGUUAGACCGAGGCCUCCACAUCUGGACCAAGAGCGCAGACUACUGGACUUCUCUGUUCACUACAUUUGGUUCAUCUCUUCUAAACCUCGUCGGGUAACAGACUCCAAGGUUUUGUCCCCCAGCAGCAUAGAAGGGAACUCGUCCUUCAUGUGACCAGAGGCAGUUAGCUCCUUUAACCUGCUAACAGCUGCACGUCUCUGACAGGAAACAUGGCUGACAGAAGGCAGAGUGUGGCGUG